AUGGUCAUUGAACGCCUUCAUACUGUAAUCGACAAACUGACGUUCCUCGAGGAAACCUGCUAUUCCCAAAUUCAGCAAUUAUCCUUUAACGAUUCCACAAUCACUCAAUUUCUUCCACCUUCACCAACACCAAUUCAGCAGCAAUCACAGCCAACCAAUCCUUCCGUACAAUUGCCCAAAAUCGAACUUCCCACUUUUAGUGGCAAACAAUUUGAGUGGUUUGAAUUUUGGGAAAUUUUUGAAGUCACCGUACAUAACCAACCGCACCUCUCGCCCGUUGAGAAAUUAGCUUAUCUCCUCAGUUGCCUACGUGGCAAAGCCAAACAAGCAGUCGCUGGUUACCAAUUAAGUGAACGCAGCUACGAACCUGUUCUCAAUAUCCUCCAAACCUUAUAUGGUGACAAAAAUGAACUGGGAAGACGUCUACAAAUUCAACUACGCCAAUUACCUAAUCCUUCACACACCGCAGAAGACCUCCUUCAAUACCAUAACGACAUAACUCGCGUAUUACAUCACAUGACCAUUCGUAUUAAACCUUGGACAACCGAAACUUUUAAAUCUACCUUAUUAGCCGAAUCACGCAUGCUAACUGCUACAUGUACCUCUUCAACUUAUAACCAAGAACGCAAUCAGGGACACAUGCCUCACAUCAAGCAGUUCAUUCGUCAGCACAACCCUCACCCUAAUCCUAACCUCUCUUCUGCCUUUCAUGGAAUCACCCAAUCAACACCAACAUUCCACAGUUCCAAUCGUGUCAGAUAUCAACGACCCUUCAACAAUUCACAUAAAAAUUCUCCACUGAACCACACCCCCUCGUCCAACUAUUCAACCCAGCGCACUUCCGUCAAACCCAAUCGAGCUUGUAUCUUCUGUAAUGAUAUGCAUUGGAAUGCCGACUGCACAAAGUAUCGCACACUCGACACACGACGCCAACGUGUCCGAGAACUGAACAUCUGCCCACAAUGCUUCCGUAAAGGUCACACUAUUCAGCAAUGCAAAAAUCGACCAUGCUCCCUUUGCAGACGUAAUCAUAACAAAGCUAUCUGUCCUCAGUUGCUUCAAGCAUCCACACACACUGCACACAAUGCUAUUAUUGACCCAUCCCCUCCAACCAAUAACGAAUCUGCAACUGUUACUGGCACGGCAAUCAUGUCUUCUACAGCCGACAAUAUAUCACUCCUAUUGUGGAUUACUGCACGCGCAUUUAACCCAAUUUCCACUCUCUCAACAUUGCGUGCCAAAGUCUUCCUCGAUCAAGGUAGCCAGUGUUCAUUCAUAACUGUUCGAUUUGCUGAACGACUCGGUCUACCCCUCACGAAUGAAAACACUAUUGUCGUCAAAGGAGUGGGAGGAAACUCAGGCACAUCCUUCACCAGCCACACUGUCACCUUAGGCAUCUCAUUUCCCAACGGUACUAAUCAAUUACUCACAGCACAUACGCUGCCGAAAGUAACUGAACCAUUCCUCCAUGCAAAUAUUUCACCAUAUACAAUAAGUGAAGUAUGGCAUCAAAAAGAACGGAAACUCUCACUCCCUCUAUACAUGGACGAACCUGAUAUUCUCCUCGGUUCAAACUUCAUUAGUAAAGUCAAUCCAAGAGUAUUAACACAUCUGCCAUCCGGUUUUGCGCUCUAUGAGUCUGAACUUAGACCAAUGAUCGGAGGUAAUGGAUCUAUCCCAGCUACAUACCUCAAAAAUUUCCAUACACAAUCAUCUGCUGUGCUUGUUGGUACGGCUCAAUUCUCCAUUUCUGACUUAUGGCGCCAUGAUUUGGUAGGCAUCAAUUUAGAAGAGGAAUCACAAGAAGAUGAUACAACAGCUCAACGUCUUUUUAAUCAAUCUCUGCGCCGCCUCCCAGAUGGCCGAUACAGCGUUGGAUGGCCAUGGAAAUCAGAACACCCAAACCUAUCCUCUAAUUUUGGCCUCUGCGUUGGACGACUUCAGUCUCUUCUUCGAACAUUACAAACCAAUCCAAAGCAAUUACAACGCUACAUUGAAACACUGCAACAACAACUCGAUUCCGAAAUUAUUGAACCAUGUCCAAUUACCCCAUCCGGUCCAUUCGUUCACUAUAUCCCUCAUCAAAUGGUGUGGAAUGAAGAAAAACAAAAAUUACGUAUUGUAUACGACGCUAGUGCCAGUGCACCCAAGGGACAUUCUCUCAAUGACAAUCUGUACCGAGGACCAGUUAUGCUUCCUGAUUUAACAGGCGUUCUACUUCGACUACGUCUGUACAAGAUUACCAUUAUUGCAGACCUUGAAAAGGCUUUCCUUCAAGUCGCCCUUAAGGAACCAGAUCGCGAUGCCACCAGAUUUCUAUGGCUCAAGGAUCCAACACAACCACUCAGUCCUAUAAACCCUAUUAUCAGCUACCGCUUCCGACGAGUCCUAUUUGGGGCAAAAAGCUCUCCAUUUCUGUUAGCCGGCGUAGUCCGACAUCAUCUUACUCAGUCUAAAUCACCCUGGGCACGUGCAAUCGCUGGAAACAUAUAUGUCGACAAUGUCCUACUAAGGGCAUCCACAACAGAACAAGCUAAAGAAGCCUACCGUGAAGCAAAAGAGAUAUCUGCCUCAGCAAAAAUGAACUUAUGCGAUUUCAGCACAAAUGACUCUGAGGUAUACCAGUACAUCAAUGAACAAGAUCGCCACGGAAAACCCGUUGUAAAAGUUCUUGGAAUACUCUGGGAUACCGAUUCCGAUAGACUUACCAUUAAAACCCAACCACCUAUGGUCGACAAAACUACAAAACGAUCCAUUUUACGUCACAUUGCAAAACAUUUUGAUCCUUUAGGACUUAUCUCACCUAUAAUUCUACCACCUAAAUUAUUCCUUCAAGAUGUAACAAAACAAACGAAAAAAUGGGACGAGGUGACCGACACAAACAUCACUCAACGUUGGAAUACACUUCAAUCUGAUUGGAAACAAAUGUCAUUUUGUAUACCUCACAUCAUCCCUUAUUCCGAUGUACAACUUCACAUCUUCACAGAUGCCUCCUCACGAGCCUAUGCAGCUGUAAUAUACCUCCGUAAUAACGUCACAACGCCAUCCGAAACCUUUUUAUUAAUGGCUAAAAGUCGCAUCGCACCUAUUCAAUCGCUCACCAUACCACGUUUGGAAUUACUCAGCAUUCUAAUUGGCGUCCGCUUAAGUAACUUUAUUGCACAUCAACUUGGCAUUCAAUCAGCUCCGAAAUUUUUAUGGUCUGACGGCAAAUGUGCACUAGCAUGGCUUGCUAGCGGCAAAGAAGACAAACUACCGCGUUUCGUUCAGAAUAGAAUUAACGAAAUUCGUAAAACAACAGACAUACACUAUGCAUACGUACAAAGCGAAGACAAUCCCGCUGAUAUGGCCACACGAGGAUGCUCUCCAACAGAAUUAUCUAAUAACAACCACUGGUGGUAUGGACCACACUGGGUAUCUGACUGCUCUUCAAGUUGGCCAUCAAGUUAUCAAACAAUGCUUCCACUUCAAAUCCUUGAAGAUGAAGAACAAGAUGUUGCAACGACCACAACAGGUGUAACCGUUACAACGGCCACUAUUGAACAACCUGCAUAUAAUCUCGUUGAUCCUUCGCGAUUCCACAAUUGGAAUACACUCAUCAACGCAACAGUCCUAUCACUUCGUUUUUUGCAGAAAUUGCGAAAAACCCCAAUUAAAGCACUCGCUAACCUCACACUUUACGGCCCAAUAACUGGAAAAGACCGUCAGCAAAUUCUCACUUUAUUACUACGUCAAGCUCAGUCCGGAUCCAUAUCCAUAGCCGACAUUCACCGCUGGGAAUUGCAACAAGAUAAUGACCACAUUUGGCGCUGCACAGGCAGACUAAACAAUCCAGUUCUACCACUUCAUACCAGAUCACCAGUCUUUCUUCCUCGUCAUCAUCGUAUUACACACCUCAUCAUUAUGUAUUAUCACGACAUUUUGUUACACGGAAGCGUCUCCACAACACUCGCUAAACUCCGAGAACGAUAUUGGAUACCGCACGGACGACAGACCGUCAAAUCCGUUAUUCAUAGAGACUGUCUAAUAUGCAGAAAAUGGUCUGCAAAACCGUUCCAGUUACCAAAAAUGCCACCGCUUCCUUCCGAACGAAUACAAAUGUCACCAGCAUUUCACUGCACUGCAGUUGACUACUUCGGACCAAUUAAAGUUCGAACAGAUAACGACAUUAUCAAACAAUGGGUCGCUUUAUUCACCUGUCUCAGCAAUCGCGCCGUCCACUUGGAAAUCGCAGAAGAUAUUUCCACAUACGGAUUUAUGCACUGCCUGCGUCGCUUUAUCGCACGUCGAGGCACACCAAAGGACAUACUCUCUGAUAAUGGCACCAUCUUCAAACUUAUGGCCUCUGCUCUCAAAUUAAUUCCAGCAGCAAACGACAUCACAUGGUCAUUUAUAACAGCGUUCGCACCAUGGAAAGGAGGAAUCUAUGAACGCCUUGUUGGAAUAACAAAAAAUUCCCUUCGCCGAACCAUCGGAAAACGUCUUCUUGAUCAAACAACAUUUCACACUUUAAUUACCGAAACCGAAGCCGUCCUCAAUCAACGCCCUCUCACAUACCUCGAGAGCGACUCAUUACUAGUACUCCGUCCUAUCGAUUAUCUCCGUCCAUCUGCCAAUCUCCUCAUCAAUGUCGACACAGACGAACAAGGACAACCCUCCUCUCAAAAUCCUCCUACAUCUCGCGAAGAAUUUAUUAAUCAAUGGCGGCAAUCCCAAAGUUGUCUCAAUCGUUUCUGGACGAUUUGGCACCGCCUAUACUUUCAAAUGCUACGAGAACGUGAACAAUCUCGCCAUGUUGCACCUCAUGCACAAACACGCCGCGAACCUCAAAUUGGAGAAGUCGUUCUUCUUCGUAGUCCGAAUCUCCCCCGCGCUCACUGGAAAUUAGCUCGUAUCGUUGAUACACCACCGAGCAAAGAUGGAGCGAUCAGAACCGCGAAAAUACGUACUGCCACUGGUCGUACCACAAGUCGACCAAUAUCAGAUUUAUAUCCCCUCGAAGUUACUGAACAGCAUGAUACCGUAUUAAAUAAUUCAGAACACAAACCAGUUAUUACUCACGCCAUUCAUCGUCCAGUUACAAGAAGUAUAACUCACAAACUUAACAAAGAAUCAUCUUCCUUCUCUUCGAUUGUCGAACCUCCCUCUACCUUUAACAUGAAGUCUGGAAACUCCAACGACCAAGAUCAACAACCAAUAAUUACAACACCUACCAUUCGACUAUACAAAAGUCCAUUUUUUCUACUUAUGCUCUGCACCAUCAUUAUGAUAACUACCACAAAUGCUCUGCAAGCACAAAUAUGUCCUCAUCAACAUCUCGGCCUAUUUCUUCGCUUCCCUAAGCCAUUAAACUGUACUCUAUCAACACAUUCAUCGUGGUACAACGCACGCGUUGCCCUAUACCGUCGUCAGCUCAUUCCGAUCAGUGCUACGUAUUGCUCAAAAAUCACUCAAACCGUAUGUACUUGGGCUUUCCUUCGUUGGAGCCUACAAGUAACGCAAGACUCCAUUAUUAUGAAUAACAUCCCACUUCAAGACUGUAUCCAUCUCCGUAAAAACCACCGUCUUGGAGACUUUAUUCUCCAUCCCACUAAUAUGUCACAUAAGUUCUCCACGCGUAAUCCACUCCACUAUUCCUACGGACUCCUUGGAACACAUUGUGAAAACACAACCAAUUAUAACAUGGAGGAAGGAGAAAUAAUUCUAUUCGAUGGCAGUCAACCUCUAACAGAUUUCACACGUACUGCUGGGUGUCGUCUUCAAGACGAUCACUGCUUCACAACACACGAAACAAUCGUUUGGAAUUCAUCCGAACUCACCCAACAUUGCCAAUAUUAUUAUGAUGGUACUUAUACAGCCAGAAUUUCUCAUGAGGAAAUCUUUAUCGACACUAUACAAUCUGCCUUCAUCCCCUCCAAGUAUCGCCCUAUUCUGAACCGAGGAUGUAACAUUCCUAAUGCUCACCUAAUGUUGAACGAUGUCAUCAUUUCUUUCCUCUCGUCGGAGAGUCGCCAAGAGACGAAUUACCGCAACAACACCAACCACUCACCCUUACGAACAUUCAUGGCAGAGAAAAUGACAAUAAGAGACGACCCACCCGACUAA